AUGCAGCCCUUUGCCCCCUGGCUCCCGGCUUUCCGGCUUCUUUUCCUGGCGCUGUACAGUACUGAUCAAGCCUCACAUCUCGGCCUCCUACAAAUACCAGAGACCUCGCGCCUGGCAACAGAACCCAUACGGCGCACACCACACAAGCACACAACCCUACCCAGAUCAUACCACAGCACAAUGACGUUCGUGCUCGUCGGCCAAGACGACUCCAGCAGCAGCGAAGCCGCCGCCGCCGGGGACCUCGGCUCCUCUACCGUCGACCUCCCUCACCUCUCCAGCAUCGGCCACUACCUCCCCGCUGCGGCCGUGACGGGCGUCUGCGCCCUCCACUGGCUGCCCUUCGCCGCGGCGGUCGCCGCCGCGCUCGCCCUGCUGGGCGCGUCGCACGAGGACCUCCGCCUUCGCGCGCACCAGCUCUCGCACGAGCUGACCGGCGCCUUCGCGGCGGCGGCGGUGAGGCCCUUCGCGGCUGUCUGCGGCGCCACCGCGCGGUUCCCGGAGGAUGGCCUGUACGUCUGCGCCGACCUCCCGCCGCUCGCGCCGGCGCUGCUGGACGUGCAGCGGGCGCUGACCCACGUAGCGGCCAAGGAAGCCAGCCACGCCGUCUACGAUUGGUAUUUUGAUGCGGUCGACCUCGUGAUGCGGCUCCUGGUUGACGGCGACGCUGGAGACGGUCGUGGCCCUGCGGUUUUCGACAGCUCCAAGUUUGAGCUGGUUUUCGCGCUCAAGUGGGUGGACUGA